AUGAAGCUACGCUUUAUUCGCAAUAAAUCAGAGUUUUUAGUGUUCUGGAAACGUUUUCGUUUGGCCAUGGCUGAUACUUUUCUGGAAUAUGCCAUGCGUACUAAGGUGAGCGGCAUUUGGCUAUUGAGGCCAUCAAAAACCCAUCGAGUUACUAAAUGUAUUUGGUCCUCGGUUCUGCUGAGUUUGUUCAGCUUGGCUGUUUUCCUCUCCCUGCAGCUAUGGUUGAAAUUCUAUUCGUAUCCAAUUUUAAAUACCAUUGCCAAUGAUGUGUCCAUAACUGAUGUCCCGUUCCCAGGUGUUACCGUGUGCAGUCCCAAGGUCAUAAAUGUGGAUCGGGUUAAGCGUUUUAUUAACAAGCUCAACAUCCCUCCUGGAUAUGACGUAAAGAAAAUCGCUGAAGGUUUUGAUUAUCUCAAUGCCUUUACCGAUCAAACCUGGUUGCCGACAAAUAGCUCGUCUUUUAAUGAGACCUAUCAAAUACUUCUGCUCAACAAUAUCACCACAUACGAAGCAGCUGUGGCCGUCAGUGCGGGUUGUGAUGAUUUCGUACGACGUUGCUUCUGGGGCAAUGAAGAAUUUGAAUGCCGGCAAAAUCACGAAUAUCUAUCAUUUUCUCCGACCACAUCCUAUCUGGGUCCAUGCUGUUCAUUUAAUUUCCAUCCACAAAAUGAAUCAUAUGUACCAUUUUCUUCAAACACCUUUGGUAUCGAUGGUGGUUUAAGUUUUAUUGGUGUUGAGGGUUCGGAAACAGAUACCUCAACGGGUCUAAUAGUAUUGGUACAUCAUCCAAUGGAUUUUGCCACAGAGGCUGCUUCAUCGGUUACCAUUACAACAAAUUCAGAAAGUUUCAUUGAAAUUUCACCCACUGUACAAGCGGCUUCAACGGAGGUCAUAGAAUUGCCAGCUAAAAAACGUGAUUGUUUGACAUCGGAUGAAAUGUUGGGAAAUAUUUAUCGCCAAGCAGCUUGCAUUCUGAAAUGUGAAAGUGAAACGAUUCUACAGAAAUGCCAAUGUAAUCCAUAUCAUUUGCCAAAGUUUGCCACGGAUAAGCGAAUGUGUAUGCUAAAUGAUUCGGAGUGUUAUUCUAGGAAUUUUGAUAAUUUCAAAAGCGUUCGCUGUGAAAAUUGCUUACCCAAUUGUCAUGAUGUUACCUACAAUACUUUGGCUUACAAAACGGAUAUAUUACUACACAACUACUCUGUGAAUCAUUUUCACAAAAAUUUGGACUAUUCAACGGAUAUGUUUAUUGUGCACAUUUUCCUAUCACGUCAGGUUGUGCCCUCUAUACACAAAGUGACAGUGAUGUCAUGGAUUGGUCUAUUGUCUGAUCUGGGUGGUGUCUUUAAUUUAUGCCUGGGCUUGAGUAUGAUAUCAGUUGUGGAAUUUAUUUACUAUUGCACUUAUCGACUGAAAGUUAACUACAAAAUGCGGAGCGUUUUAAUGCAGACAUAA